AUGGCGACGACGCGCGCGCUCGUCCCGCGCGGCCUUCCCCGGCCGCCCCCCCGGACGCGCGCGCGCCGGCGCGUCCCCGCGCUCCGACGCGCGGCGCCGCGCGACGCGUGCGCCCCGGAGGAGCCGCACCUCGAGGACGUCCUCUCGAGCAGCGGACGCACGACGGACAUGGCGCGAUCGCUGUGGGCCGCCGCGCUCCGCGUCGGCGACGUCGCGAUCGACGCGACCGCGGGGAACGGCCACGACACCGUCGCGCUCGCGCGCCUCGUCGCGCGCGACGACGCCGACGCCGCCGGUCGCGUCGUCGCGUACGACGUGCAGGCGUCCGCGGUCGCGUCCGCGCGCGCGAGGGUGACGCGCGAGCUGCCGCCCGCGACGGCCGCGCGCGUGGAGCUGAGGCACGCGUCGCACGACACGAUGGCCGCGGAUGUUCCGACGCCCGAUAGCGUCGGCGUCGUGUGCUUCAACCUUGGGUACCUCCCGGGCGCGGACAGCGACAAGAGCGUGACGACGACGACGGACGCGACCGUGCGCGCGGUGACGACCGCGACGGGAUUGCUGAGAGAGGGGGGCGUCGUGACGGUCGUCGCGUACGUCGGGCACGACGGCGGCGCGGAGGAAACGGCCGCGGUGUUGGCGUUUUGUGCGACCCUCGAUCCGAAACGGUUCGUCGUGAGUCAUCACGUGGUGUUGAACCGGAAGAACAGCCCGCAGCUCGUCGCGGUGCAUCGAAGGAUGAACCGCGGGUGA